GUCCAUAUCAGGACCUCAGACUCACUUCUGUCCUUGUCCACCUCCAACAUCGUCUCAGCAGGGCCCGAUCUGCCACGAAACAAAACCCACUGAAGAAGUCAUGUGUGAUGAAGAGGAGAGCACUGCUCUGGUCUGUGAUAAUGGAUCUGGUCUCUGCAAGGCCGGGUUCGCUGGAGACGACGCCCCCAGAGCCGUCUUCCCAUCCAUUGUGGGCCGACCCAGGCACCAGGGAGUAAUGGUGGGCAUGGGGCAGAAGGACAGCUACGUGGGAGAUGAGGCUCAGAGUAAGAGAGGAAUCCUCACCCUGAAGUACCCCAUUGAACACGGCAUCAUCACCAACUGGGACGACAUGGAGAAGAUCUGGCAUCACUCGUUCUACAAUGAAUUGAGAGUGGCUCCAGAAGAACAUCCCACCCUGCUGACAGAGGCACCACUAAACCCAAAGGCUAAUAGAGAGAAGAUGACCCAGGUAUAA